AUGGCGCACCACGCAUCGGCGACUACGGCGCAGAAGCGGAAGUGUCCCGACGGGGAGACGGCCGGCAUGUGCGCCGGCGGCUGCGGCUUCUUCGGCGCGGCCGCCACCGGCAACAUGUGCUCCAAGUGCUACAAGGAUCACCUUCUCGCCGCCUCGACCGCGCCUCCGGAGAAGAAGGCCAAGAUGGCCGUCUCCGUCGCGUCAGCCGAUGCUGCAGUCGAGGUCGAACCCUCCGUGGCGUCCGCGAAGCUGCCGGCGGUGAGGGCGAGCCGGUGCGCGGCGUGCCGCAAGAAGGUGGGGUUGCUGGGGUUCCUGUGCCGCUGCGAGGGCACCUUCUGCAGCGUCCACCGCUACUCGGACAAGCACGACUGCGGAUUCGACUACAAGACCGCCGGUCAGGAGCGAAUCGCCAAGCACAACCCGGUCGUGGUCGCGGACAAGAUGACCGGAAGGAUCUGA